GAAGUCAUUAGCAAUGCAAAGUCAUGGUGCUCUGAUACUCUUGUUCACAGUCAAAGACUGAAAAAAAAACAUCUGAUCUGGUGAUGCCAAUUUAAAUGUUUCUGGAUGCACUUUAUUUAGAACCACAGCUGAGACGCGGAACCAAAGAUGAACUGGGCAUCAUUUUAUGCUGUCAUUAGCGGUGUGAACCGACACUCCACAGGCAUCGGUCGCAUCUGGCUCUCUGUCCUCUUCAUUUUCCGCAUCCUGGUCCUUGUAGUUGCAGCCGAGAGCGUGUGGGGCGAUGAGAAGUCUGGCUUCACCUGCAACACGCAGCAGCCGGGUUGCAACAGCGUCUGCUACGACCAGUUCUUCCCCAUCUCCCACAUCCGACUCUGGGCACUCCAGCUCAUCCUGGUCUCCACUCCUGCCUUGCUGGUAGCCAUGCACGUGGCCCACCGGCGUCAUGUCGACAAGAGGCUCUACAAACUGUCGGGGCGGUCCAAUCCCAAAGACCUGGAGCAGAUUAAGACCCAGAAGAUGAAAAUCACAGGGGCCCUGUGGUGGACGUACAUCAUCAGCCUUUUGUUCCGUAUUAUCUUUGAGGUCACUUUUAUGUAUGUGUUUUAUAUGAUCUACCCUGGUUACAAGAUGAUCCGGCUGGUGAAGUGUGACUCGUACCCGUGUCCCAACACAGUGGACUGCUUUGUGUCAAGGCCCACAGAGAAGACUGUCUUCACCGUGUUCAUGUUGGCUGUGUCAGGGGUUUGUAUUCUACUCAACAUUGCAGAGGUGGUCUUCUUGGUGGGGAAAGCCUGCAGUAAGCAUUUGCACAAUGCUGGAGACUCGACUAUGGGGGCUUGGAUCCAACAGAAGCUUUGCUCAUUUUAACAAAAUGCACACCAGCACAGAGGGACAUAUAAGUGACCUUUUGGGUAACAACUACUGAUUUAACUCAGGUGGUUUACAUCACAGUGAUGAUUUAGCUCGGUGACGAGACGCAUCAGUUUAAAUGCAGAAAAAAUAUAUAUAUUUGCACCAGCAGCUCAGGUUUCAGGAAACAUUUCUUCUUACAUAAUGGAUGGCUUAAAAGAUUAAAAGAUGUUAAUUAAAUAACAUUUAUUAAAGCAAUAUUCCAACUGAUCCCAUUACAGCCUUCAGCAGUCACGGAUCUGCUUUCAUCUUAAAUCUCGAUAUUAAACUGUAAAAGUGACUCUUGCCCCAAAUCAUAUUUUAUUAUUUAUGUGACACAUAAUCACAAAAAUCACGGCAUGGAUUAAAUGUAAUGUUUGUUGGAUUUAUUCCUUCUCUUCAGCUCUUACAGAUGAGACGUUUUACUAAUACAUGCAUUUAAUAAACAUGUUAAAUGGGACAAUUUCUGCUUUAUAGAACAGAUUAUUUACUUUGGUAGUUAAAUACUUUCAGAUGGAACAAAGCACCUACUCAAUAACAGAAAAAAAAAAGACUUCUUCCUGAAGUUUACUUAACAUGAUAUUUAAAU